AUGGAUGGGUCCUUACAAGGAAAUGAAGUUAUUUCUGGCUCGGGACCAAUAUGGCUCACUGAGGUUGAUUGUACGGGAGAAGAGGAAAAUUUAACUCAAUGUUCAAAUGCUGGGUGGGGAAAUAGUAAUUGCGCACAUUCCGAAGACGCCGGAGUUCAAUGUGCUACAACAGAGAAACCAAAUGUGAGAAUAGACUGUCCAAGUCAAAUCGCGGUGCAUCAAGGUGAUAAGGUCACAUGUCUGUGCAGAGGUGAAGGAGGGAUUCCUUCUGCCAGUGUGAAAUGGUACAAAGGAAACAUACAGAUUGGUGUGACAGGAAAAGAGGAACAAAAACUAGUCCUGCAAAAUGUUGUUCCAACUGACGGAGGAAUAUAUAAAUGUGUAGCCCUAAGCAACCGUUUAAAAGAUGAAAAAUCAAUCGAAGUUCUGGUACUUGACAAGGUUUUAACAACAUCACCACCUUACACGACAAUCCAGAGCGCGACUACUAAAGUUGUUGUCAUAAGUCCUUCUAAGCGAUAUGAUACAACAAUUAUGAAAUAUACUCCAACUUCAUCGACUGAAAAUAGUGCGUCAUCUGGAAAAAUCGAAUUCCAAACUGAAGAUGUUACCUCUCACAAGAUCUACCCAACAAGAGUUUUGAAAUCUAGUUUUACUGCGUCGCGUAGUAGAUUUGUACCAACGAGACAUCUUUGGAGCAGUAAUUACGAAACUUUUGUCCACAGUUCACAUACGACGUUUAUCAGAACAGUUUUGGAAAAACGUUCAACCUUUUCACACCAGUCUAUUGCAGCCGAUCAAUUUGGAGGAAGCUCCAAGAGCUUUGGCCGAAAUAUCGCUCUGCAACCAACAAGUGUCUCGAAAAUAAAGAGCUCCGAGAUUGAAAGUACUCAUGGCAUCAAAUCAACAAAAAAUGGAAUUGAAUGGAAAAUUGUGGUUGUUGCAAUAUUGGUUCCAGGAAUUGUCGCUGGAAUUUUUGUCCCUUGUUUCGUCUUCUAUUGCUAUCGUCGUUCUUUAAAAAAACAAAGAACUGAUCGAGUCCGAGAAGAGAUAAAUCUGGCAAAGAUGAAUGGCGAAAACAGUGAAUCACUAGUAGGUGUAGGGGACGACACAGAUCGGCUUAUAUAAUUUGAGCUUUGUAAAGUGGUAAACAAUGUACAAUGUCUAAAACAUAAAAUCUUGUUUCUUUGUAGGUUA